ACCAAGAAAUACCUUGUGUAAUAUUGGCGUGAACAUAACCUGCACAGUUAAAUAUUAUUUAUUCCAAUAUUGUUAUUGAUUGUUAUGAUUCGAAGAAUAUCCUAUAUUUGUUUAAAUAAAGUAUUAAUUAAACAAAAAUGUACGCUACGGAUGUCACAUAGAGUGUAUUGUUCUGGAUUGGGUUUAUGGAAAGAAGAUAUAUCUAUAGAUAUCAAACAUGCUAUUGAGUCUCAUUGGCGUACUAAAUUAUAUAAUCGCCCUUUCGACGAUCAUAAUACUAAAGACAAGUACUAUGUUUUGUCAAUGUUUCCAUAUCCUUCUGGACAGCUUCACAUGGGGCACGUUCGAGUAUAUACAAUAAGUGAUACAAUGGCUCGUUUUUAUAGGAUGAAUGGUAAAAAUGUUCUUCAUCCUAUUGGUUGGGAUGCUUUUGGCUUACCUGCAGAAAAUGCUGCAAUCGAACAUAAUGUUUCAGCAAAAUCAUGGACUGAAAGAAAUAUACAGAACAUGAAGAAACAACUGUAUCAGCUAAGUUGCUCUUUUGAUUGGGAUAGAGAAGUUACAACAUGUAGCUCUGACUAUUAUAAAUGGACACAAUAUUUAUUUUUAAUGCUUUUCAAAGAAGGACUAAUCUAUAGAAAAUAUGCAUUGGUUAACUGGGAUCCAGUUGAUAAUACAGUACUUGCAGAUGAGCAGGUAGAUGACAAUGGUUGCUCUUGGCGAUCCGGAGCAAAGGUUGAGAAAAAAUUAUUAAAUCAAUGGUUUGUGAAAACUACAAAAUUUGCUAAGCAAUUGCUAGAGGGUUUAGACAAUCCUAUAUUGGAAGACUGGAAAGAUAUAAUUAAAAUGCAGAAACAUUGGAUUGGUGAAUGUGAUGGUCAUACAAUAGAUUUUGAAUUAGUAAAUGCAUCCAAUAUUAAAUCUUUGACUGUAUGGACGAAACAUAUAGAAAAAAUAGAUGAAGCGACAUUUAUUGCAGUUACUCCAAAUUCCAUUCUCCACCAGAUGGAGAAAGGCAAUAAACUGAACAAUGGAUUUUAUAAACUACAUGUCAAGGCUAAGAAUCCAUUCACGGGCAAACUUUUGCCUAUAUACAUAACAGAUCAAGUUGAGUACCCACCAGAAUGUGACUGUCAUAUUGGUAUACCAAAUGAAUCCGAAGUAGAUGCUACAUUUUCUAAAACUGUAGGGCUUGAAUUUGAAAUAAAUAAUAUGAAAACUGCAGAGGAAUAUGCUCAAAUUAAAGAGGAUAGGUUAAGAAAAGCAUUGGAAAUGAAAAUUGGUGGAUAUGAAACAAGUUCUAAGUUAAAGGAUUGGUUGAUAUCUCGUCAAAGGUAUUGGGGUACUCCAAUUCCUAUUGUUCAUUGUGAUAAGUGUGGUUUAGUACCUGUACCUGAGAAGGAUUUACCUGUAGAAUUACCUAAAAUUAGUGGUGCAUUAGACAAAACUUCAUCUCCACUGAAAGAUAAUACAGAAUGGCAUAAAACUAGUUGCCCGGUAUGUUUAGGUGCUGCUGUAAGAGAAACUGACACCAUGGAUACAUUUGUGGAUUCAGCAUGGUAUUAUUUGAGGUAUAUUGAUAAUAAAAAUCCAAAUGAGCCAUUUGAUGCAUCAAAAGCGAAACAAAUUAAUCCUGUUGAUUUAUACAUUGGUGGAAAAGAACAUGCUGUAUUGCAUUUGUAUUAUGCACGAUUUAUGAGUUAUUUCUUAUAUUCUAUGGGUCUGUUGAGUCAUCCUGAACCAUUCAAACGAUUAUUAGUUCAAGGAAUGGUUAUGGGACAAUCAUUCAGGGUAAAGAGCUCUGGCCAGUAUGUCACAGAGGAUCAGGUUGACAUUAUUGAUAAGAAAAAAGGCAAAGCAGUUUUAAAAAAUUCUGAUGAACCUGUAAUCAUGACUUGGGAAAAGAUGUCUAAAUCUAAAAAAAAUGGUGUUGAUCCACAGGCUAUGUUUAAUGAUUAUGGGACUGAUACAACAAGGUUAUUAAUUUUAGCGGAUGUUGCACCUACAUCAUUUAGACAUUGGACUACAGCUACAUUUCCUGGUAUCCUAAACUGGCAAAGACGGUUAUGGUUGACAUUGCGAGAUUUUAUCAAUCAUCGAUCAAAUUACAAAGAAGUAGAUUUUAUGGACCCUGAUUUUAUAGAGCAUGAAACUAAAUUGUUUGACUCAAGAAAUUUUUACGCAUCAGGGGCUACUUUUAAUUAUAUUUCUUCUCACCAACUGAGUGUAGCAAUAUCUAAAAUGCAAGGGUUGACAAAUUCACUAAGAAGGGCUAUACCACCAGUUAUUGCUCAAGGACUGCAGUAUGAAAGAGCUUUAGGAUGUCAAAUUUUACUUUUAGCACCGAUGGCUCCACAUUUUGCAUCUGAAUUAUGGUCAGGAUUUACAAAUGUUCCACGAUUAGAGCUGACUCAACGAAAUUAUGGUUCUAAGAAUUUGUUCUUAUUACAUAUGCAACAAAAUGAAUUCGAUUACAACAAAAGUGUGUUUGAGCAACGUUGGCCUGAUGUAGAUCUCCACUAUAAUCUUGAUUUAGCGAUAAAGUUUAAUGGAGAGGACCACAGUGUAAUAAAAAUUCCAAGAUUUAAGUUAGAUGUUUUAGGUGAAGAUGUAGCCUUAGAAUUAGCAAAAAAUGAAAAAUCUGUUAGUGAAAUGUUAGAUACUCUAGGGCUUCGUAAAUAUACAUAUCAUGUGCAUAAGGGAUAUGAGGCUGAAUUGAACUUGAUAACAAAGUUUAUACCGAAAAAGAAAAAAAAGUCAAAGAAACAAGUAAUUUGAUAGUUUAGUUGUAAUUUUAUAUAAGCUAAAUAUUUAUAAACAUUGCAAUAGACAUUCUUAAAUAUCAUAAUAAAAAUA